AUGGCAUUUUUACAUUCUCACUCGACGGAAUGCAUGUCCAGCGAGCUGGAUCUUUUCACGCUACCAGCCACUCAAACGUCAAUUGAAAGCAGCAGCUUUCUGCAUUAUAAGCCUGUGUCGUCUCUUAGCGACGAUGUCGACGCACCAUUGGAAUUCGUCGUGCCUGUAGGUAGCGAGCAUUACUUUGAUCUGGCUCACACUAUGCUUCAUGUUCAAGCUAAAAUCGUACCCGCUGACGAGGCUACGGCAACGACCGAAGACCUUAAAGUCGGACCGAUCAACAAUUUCAUGCAUUCAAUGUUCAAUCAGAUUGACGUUUUUUUCAAUCAGAAAAUUGUUUCGCCGCCUAAUAACGCCUAUCCUUACAGAGCGUACAUCGAGACGCUUCUCAACUACGCUCCGGCUGCUAAAGAGUCACAUCUUACAGCGAGUCUGUGGUACGACGACACGAGCGGCGGUUUCGAUUCACCAGCUAAUGCGGUGAGCACUGCCACAGCACCUAUUACCGUGAACAAAGGGCUGGAAAAUCGCAAAUAUUUUACACAGAAUCGUCGAUACUUUGACAUGAUUGGACAUUUGCAUCACGACCUCUUUAAUCAGGAUAAUAUGCUGAUUAAUGGCGUAGAAAUGCGCGUACGUCUAGUGAGGAGUAAGGAUGCUUUUUGUCUGAUGGACGCGACAGCCGAUGGAAAAUUCAAACUCAGCAUCAAAGAAGCUACACUCAUAGUUCGCAGAGUAAAAAUCAGUCCUGGAGUUUUACUGGCUCAUGCGCAAGCGUUAUCGAAAACCACGGCUAAAUAUCCCAUAACGUGCUAUCCACACCGACAGCUAUUGUAA